GCUGCCCGUGCUGGUGAAGGGGAGGUUGUAUGACAGUGACAGAAGUUGGGCUCCCACUUUCACGCCUUGGAGCCACUAAUGCCCCAGGAGAGGAUGUGUCGUAUGCUGGGCUGCGGCAAUUGUCAGCUUUUGCCCUCAAGGUGCCUAUAACCUACGUUUCACCCAUGCCAGAUCUCUGAACAGGGGGCUUCGAGGCGCCCUCCACCCACCCGCCUGCUUCCCCAGAGCCAUGCUCAUUACCCUUUGCUACGUGUAUCUGUGGCUGCGUGUCCGAAGCGGCUAUGCUGUGCUGAUCAGGAGUUGUGUGCGCAAGCUUCACAGGACCAGCUCCUUCACGUUCUGUGCUCAGGGGCCCCCGCAUCCCGGCAUAAAGAGCCCUAGUGGACAGCAGACCCCAGGGGAAGAUAAAGUCUGCCUGAAGGUGGGCAGCAAAGUCUUCCUCAUUGAGGGUUCCCAGCUCUUUGAAGAUUUAAACAAGUGGAAGCUGCUGCUUGGAUCCUCCGGUGAUAGCGAUCUGGGCGAGGGGAGCAUAGCCUUUAUAACCGAGAGUGUUUCCUUACCUGGCGAAACCUUAUCCUCCGCAUUAAGAGCCUCCAGAGAGAUUCGGAACCUGUCUGAGUACUGCUUGCCCCUGGCUCUCUGUCAUGGAGAUUCCUCUAAAUUGCUUGCCGAAGCCAGCGUUGAAAACUUCAGCGAGCUGGGAAUAGCGUUCAUGGAAGACCGGCUGCAGAUGGAUAAUGGAUCGCUGCUUCACAAAAUUACCUCAGUGCAGCUCAAAGCGUUAACAGCGGAAGAUAAAACACAAGCCGUAAAGGAGGCAGAAGUUACCGCGCCGCGUAAAUCCACCCUACCGUCCGUUCGAUUGUCCUCGGAGGCAGACAUGGGAGUGAAUGAAAGCACCGAAAUGGCAGCUCCAGAUAAACACAAGGGCAGCUCCGGUUUAAAUGAAGAGUCUGAUGCCCCUUACAAAGAAUCUGCCCCCGGCGAGCAUCAUCAUCUCCACCUCUCCAGCUGCCACGAAUGUCUGGAGCUGGAGAACCGCACCAUAGAGUCUGUCCGGUUUGCCUCUGCGGAGAACAUUCCCGACCUCCCGGACGAGUUCAUCAGCUUAGAAGACCAUGCGGAUCAGGGCAGCGUCGGGGAGAAUCCCAAACGAAGCGGAAAGCCUCCUAACGUGCUAAUAUACUGCGGCGCUGCCCCCGGGGAGACUUUUCAACAAAUCAAAGAUGUGUUGCUCCAAAGUUUUGACUCUUCUAGAUACGUCGUAUACUCUAUCCCCGAUGACCAAGUCCACAAAGCUCCUUGGAUGGAUAAUUGCUUGCUGCUGGUUGUAGCCGCAGAGCACGUUCCCGCGGAUGUCCAUAAACAAUUUAUGACUUACUUGUCCAGAGGAGGAAAGAUUUUGGGGCUUUCGUCAGACUUCACUUUUGGGAGCGUGUCGGUUAAACAUAAAUCAGCGCUACAGGGGUCCGUUCAGGCUCUGGUUUUCGGCAAACCUGAGUGCUCGGAGACCAGCUUCGACGUGAUGACCAGCGGCAAAGUGUUCGAGAAACAGUCUGGUGGAGUCCACAUGGAGAGCUGGGGUCAUUUGGACAAUGAGAGUAAAGACUUGGUGGUGGUUCGCCAGACUUGCGGAGACCGCGGAGGAGAAGCCGUUCUCUGUCAGGUGAAGUUGGAAGCUGCCCCCGAAUUACUUGCUUAUCAGGAUAAGGGGACGUUCGACUCUCUUAAGCUGAGCAACCCGCGGAGGCACGAGGUGCUGGCACAGGUCCUGAACGGUCUGGGCCUAGAAUGUGAACGGAGGACUCUGCCCUCUCUGACCCCCGUGUACCUGCUGACUUCAGAGCCGAAUCUCUACCCUGCGGUUCUCCAGUGGCUUAAGGCCAGAGCAGCCAAAGAAGGGUUAAUAAAGUCUAACAAGAUGACCCUUAAAGUCUGUUCUUCCGCGGACCCCCGUAUGGAGAUAAGUCCAUCUCUCGUGCCUCUGAUAACUGAAGCGGACGACGUCUUGUUUGAUGACUUCAGUCUCAAAGUCUACGGGGAGAAUCUCCAGACUGAAAGACUUGGGAAGACGAUGCUGUUUACCGAAGUUACCACGUCCACCUUCCAUCUUCUGGACGGGCUGAUGUUUCAUGAACCGAAGGAAAUGGGGUUAAUCGCCAUCGCUGCGCACCAGACUCAAGGCAAAGGUCGCGGUGGGAACGUCUGGCUCAGUCCCAAAGGCUGCGCCUUAAUCACUUUACACAUCUCCGUGCCUUUGUCCUCCCAGCUGGGGCAGAGGAUCGCCUUCGUGCAGCACUUAAUGGCUCUGGCCGUGGUGGAGUCUGUGAGGUCUCUACCUGGAUACGAGGAUAUCGAGUUAAAAGUAAAAUGGCCGAAUGAUAUAUAUUACAGCGACCUGAUGAAGCUUGGCGGAGUACUGGUGAAUUCUACGUUAAUGGGGAAUACUUUUCACAUUCUAAUCGGCUGCGGCUUCAACGUCAGCAAUAGUAACCCAACAAUUUGUAUCAAUGACCUCGUCAUGGAGCAUAACCGGAGAAACAAGACAAAUAUUGAACCACUAAGGGUGGAUUACUUGAUUGCCAGAUCCGUGACGGCUCUAGAAAAGCUCAUUACCGCGUUUCAGAGGGACGGACCCGAUGGCGUUCUGCCUCUUUACUACAAAUAUUGGGUGCAUAGCGGGUGCCAGGUUCGGCUCGGCAGCGAGGACGGCCCGUUGGCUUGGAUAGUCGGUUUAGACGACUCCGGAUUUCUGCAGGUUCUCCAAGAAGGGAAGGACAUCGUCUCGGUCCAUCCGGAUGGCAACUCUUUCGACAUGCUGAGAAACCUAAUCGUGCCAAAGCAAUCGUAAUCCUAACACUAGGUUUUUCUGGAAAAAAAAAGACAUUCCCAAAAGAAAAUGGCCUUUGUUGGUCGCAACAUCCGAUGCUGGACUUUGAAUGGCAAAUGGCAAGCUUAUAUCAAUCUAUAUAUUCCUGUCUAUAUAGAUUGACGUUUAGUAAAUGUUUACUUUAUCUUACUGAGGGAACGGUGUAGACAUGGCAGAGUUACGCCGUACCUUACAAGCAGAAAUGGGGAUAAUAUAGAGGAUUAAUUGCCUUAAAAAAGUCCUCAUUCUCAUUUGAGGCGCCUUUCUCUGAUAGUUCGGCGUUUUAAAAAUAUAUAUUUGUAAAUUUAAUAUAAUUCCUGCCUCCUCUGUGACAGCCACACGCACCGUAGAAAUAACCCUCUAUGCCCUCGUUGUAUAGAAAGUUAACGCGAUUAAAGAAAUAGGAAAGGAUACAAAGUUAAUAAAAUAUUCUUUUUCCUGGUCUUCGAAAAUACUUAAAGUUACACGGGAUGGAGAGAUGGCCGUUCCGACACUCAACGGCUGAACUCCGCAAGCUGGGCAGGUAUUUCUCGGUCCUCCUACGUGGCCAACGUAGAAAAUAAUGAGAAGACCGGGGCUUGAAUGGCAGCAGCGGGCAGCAGAAGGACCAUCUCCCCUCCCCUAGGCAUCUGUGAUUUUACAAAUGCUGUCUGGCUGAGUGUGCUGGGGGUUGUAGUCCCGAGUAGCCGUGCCGGAAGUUACACGAUCGUAAGAUAUAAAGCGGUUCAGAAAUUGUGGCCUUUUAACCAAGUCUUCCACGAUACAAACGAAAAGUUUUUUACAUAUUUGCUGUAAAUA